CUGCAUGUCUCAGUGGUGAUGGUCAGCGACUCGCUGCAGGACUCUGUCGUGCUACAGCUGGUUGCGCUCGUCAGGGUCGUGCUGCUGGUCUCUGUGGUGCUCGUCGCCGUGCAGCUCGUCUCGGUGGUGCACGUCGGUGACGUGCUGCUCGGCUCUGUGGUGCCCAGUCCCGUGGUGCUCGUUACCAUCGCGCUGCCCGACUCACCAGCGCUCGUCGCCGUGCUGCUUGUCUCAGUUGUGCUAGUCAACGACGCGCUGGACUCUGUUCUGCUGGAGCCUGUGGUGCUAGACUCCGUUGUGUAUGUCCUCGUCGUGCUGCUGGUCUCACUGGUGCUCAUCGUCGAGCUGCUGGGCUCAGUUGAGCUGGUCGGCGACGUGCUACUGGACUCAAUGACCGAAGCCUGUGGUGCUCUGGUGUCCGUAAUGCUGGACACGGUAGUGCUGCACGACUCGGUCGUGCUGCUCACCCUGGUGCUGCACAACGCAAUGCUGCUCGUCAUUGAUGUGCUGCUCGAUUCCGUGGUACGCGUCAGACUGGUGCUUGUGCUGCUCGACUCGCUCGUGCUGGUCAAACUGGUGCUGCUAGGUUUUGUGGUACUUGAGUCGGUCGUGCUCGUUAGUGAGGUGAUACUCGGUUCCGAUGGGCUGGUCAGUGAUGUGCUGCUUGAUUCUAGCGUUGUAGUCAGCGAUGUAGUGCACGACUCAGUAGUGCUGCGCAGCGUGGUGCUGCUUGAUUCUGUCGUGUUGCUGAGUGUCGUGCUGGAUGAUUCCGUGUUGCACGAGUCGGUCGUGCUGGAAAGGGAGGUGCUGUUCGAUCCUGUG